AUGAACAGGAUCAGCCAACUGAAGAGGAUUCGAGAUAUUUUGGCCGAAGAUGUGGAGAAAAAGUUAAUGGAAGGAAUAGCGCUUCACGAUUAUGAUUUGCGCCAAAUAGCUUUGAUCACAAAACGUUUCCAAGAUGUCGGCCUUCCUUCGAAUGUUCAAUGUGCCACUCGUGGCACACGCGGGAAACGAGCAGGCCAAAAACGACUAUUUGCAGCUGGCAAUUGUCGACGAGAAGAAGGC